AUGGCACUGGUAAUGGAGCCAAUAAGUAAAUGGACACCCAAGCAAGUGCUGGACUGGAUGAAAGGCUUGGACGACUGCCUUCAGCAGUACAUUAAAAACUUUGAGAGGGAGAAGAUCAACGGCGAGCAGCUGCUCCAUAUUACCCACCAGGAGCUGGAGGAACUGGGGGUGACUCGCAUUGGUCAUCAGGAACUCAUCCUGGAGGCAGUGGACCUGCUGUGUGCACUGAAUUAUGGACUGGAGACAGAGAACCUGCGGACCCUUUCUCAUAAACUCAAUGCUUCAGCCAAGAACCUGCAGAACUUCAUCUCAGGGCGGCGCCGGAGCGGGCAUUACGAUGGGCGGGCCUCACGCCGGCUGCCCAAUGACUUUCUUACCUCAGUGGUCGACCUUAUAGGGGCAGCAAAGAGCCUGCUGGCCUGGUUGGACAGGUCUCCCUUUGUCAGUGUGACUGAAUAUUCUGUAUUGAAAAACAACAUUGUUCAGCUUUGCCUGGAAUUAACCACCAUAGUGCAACAGGACUGUACUGUGUAUGAGACCGAAAACAAGAUACUCCAUGUGUGUAAAACUCUGUCAGGAAUAUGUGACCACAUCAUCUCUCUGUCCUCGGAUACACUCGUGUCCCAGUCUGCCCAUUUGGAGGUGGUCCAUCUGACAAACAUUUUGCCCAGUGAAGGCCUGGGGAUGUAUAUCAAGUCAACAUAUGAUGGACUUCAUGUGAUCACAGGAACCACAGAGAAUUCUCCUGCUGACCAGUGCAAAAAGAUCCACGCUGGGGACGAGGUCAUUCAAGUCAACCACCAGACUGUGGUGGGCUGGCAGCUGAGGAAUUUGGUGAAUGCUUUACGGGAUGACCCAAACGGAGUCAUACUCACCUUAAAAAAGAGGCCCCAGAACACCCUGAGCUCUACCCCUGCUCUGCUCAGGAAUGUCCGCUGGAAACCUCUUGCCCUUCAGCCCACUCCCACCACUCCAACCAGCACCUCCACCACUCCAACCAGCACAGUGGGUGUGUCUUCCACACUGGAUGGCUCCAGCAUGCAGGAUGUGUUCAUUUUGUCCCCUGUCUCUGGGCUCUAUGGGGCCAGAGAGGAGAUGGGCGUUAUGUCCUGUGAUGACAUCAACAAGUCCAGCUCCAAAUGCUCCGAGUCCCUGAGCUACUACCUGGACCAGGAGAGUGGCCAGUACUAUACCCUGGUGGAAGGGGAGGGGCUCCCAGUGGGUCCUGACUACGACAGAGGCCGUCCCACAGGGGUCCGUCGAAGAGAUAAGACCCCAACUCAUGGUGAUCUCAGGCCUGUCUCCAUGCCGACGGAGUACAGCUGGAUGGCUGAAGGCCAGGAGCCCCAUAUGUACAAGAGGGGCAGUCGAGACUCAGACACCUCCCUCUUGCGCUACCUGAGUGACGAUAAGAUUCUGGUCAUCCAAGAGGAGCCGGACACAGCACGGGAGUGCAAACGUGAGACAAGCCGUCGCUCUCGCAGGAAGAGCAAAAACCCAAGCAGCCCCAGUUUUCCCAUCAGCCCCUCUGUGUUGGCCUCCACAAUGCGUCUGGAUGCAGCACCCCUACCGGAGGGCAUGCCAUUCCCACUGCCUGAAAACAACACUGGGCCAGUUUACCAUGAACAGAGAACCGGAGACACACUGAGGACAGAGCAUGACAGACACGCAGGUUCUGGAAGUGAAAGACCAGGUGGGACAUCUCAGAGGAAGUCAUUCCACUAUACCUCCUUAAGAGCAAAAACCAGAAAGAAAAGUAAAGGCUCCCUGACCACUGGCAGUCGCAGACGCAUCUCCUGUAAGGAUUUGGGUCAUGGAGACUGUGAGGGCUGGCUGUGGAAGAAGAAGGACGCCAAAGGCUACUUCACUCAGAAAUGGAAGAAGUAUUGGUUCAUCCUGAAGGACUCAUCACUCUACUGGUACACCAAUCAGAAUGAUGAGAAGGCAGAGGGCUUCAUCAGUUUGCCUGAGUUCAGGAUAGACAGAGCGACUGAAUGCAGGCGGAAAUUUGCCUUUAAAGCAUGCCACCCCAAAAUCAAGACCUUCUUCUUCGCCACUGACUGUCUGGAGGAGAUGAACAGGUGGAUGAACAGACUGGGUCUGGCAGCCAUUGGGUACACACCAGAUGACAAAACAUUGCGGCCGGAUGAAGAUUACUGGAGUGAGAGUGAUCAAGAUGACAUUGAUGGCUCAAUGACCCUCAAACAGGAGGGGCCAUCCUCACACUGUGAUACCUACCAUCGCACACCAUCAGUUCAGAGGCUGCACUACUCAGAGCCUGUGGUUGUCCCUCUCCCACGCUCUCACAGCUCUGUGAACCUGAUUCGCUCCACCCCCUCCCCUCUGCUCCCUCAGGUCAAUUCCUCUAGUCCCUUCCCUGAGCGUGGACAGCACCUCUCCAGUGAGUCCACCUACUCCCACUCCUCUGCUGAGGAGUCUCGUGGAGGCGAGGGAGGAGGUUCCGGUAGCGCCCACUCCUCUGGCUGCCGUUCCAACCAUCGAGAACGGCGUUCCUGGCAGGACCUGAUUGAGACCCCCCUCACCAGCUCAGGUCUGCACUUCCUGCAGACGGUGCCGGCCGAGGGCGAGCACGGUUACGAUGUCAGAGUAGCGUCGAGCGGGCAGCCGAUCCUAUCGCCCGAGCGCAGGAGACAGGCCACGCUUCCCGUGCGAAGACAUCACAUAGACCGCGACGGGCCCUUUCCACUGCUGGGGGGUGCAGAGAGGGCGCACCGUCAGGCUCAUAAACAGCGCAGCCAGAGCCUGCCACGGAACCGAGCCGUGAGGGGGGGCAGGAGCCUGCGGUCCAGCCGCUGUGAGGAGAAGAGUGAGGAUGAGGAGGGUCCUGUAGAGAAGAAGAGUGAGGCCAGCACAGAGGCGAGUGAACAACAUGAUGGCCAGGCUGUAGAUGGAUUUGAGGAGCUGUACCGCAGUCUGGAGCAGGCUAACGUCUCUGCCCUUGGUAACCUCCGACCCUCCACUAAACAAGAUUUUCGUCGCUCUUUCCUUAAGCGCUGCGCUGACCCUGUUAUCAACGACAAACUGCAUCAUGUUCGCACCCUCAACAGCACACUCAAGGCUAAGGAGAAUGAACUGUACAUUAUAAACCAGCUGCUCCAGGACCACAGUCUCACCUCCAACAAGUUCCGCCAGUGGAAACUUCUACACCAGGAACUGUUCAUGGACAUCUGUGAGUUUAGCUCAGGCAACGAAGGGGCAGCCGAACUCUCCCCGGUGGCAGGACCUCUCGUGACGCACACACACUCCUUUAUUGAGACUCAUGUCUGA